GCUCUCACACGGUCACACUGUCUACGAAGUUUGACAGCCGAGGCCCGUUCCGCGUUCCACGUCACGAACCGUCAUCGAGAAAGUAGCCGCUGUCUUGUGUUUGAUUUGCCUCUUCAGAAUUGAAUUGCUCCCGAAAGAAAUAACUAUUAUCCAACAUGCUGAAACAAACCCUAGCCCUGUGCGCGCUCUUUGCAGUGUUUAGCGUUUGUCUGUCCGAGGACGAGACACGUGCCCGCCUCCUGGUGUCCAAGCAGAUUCUGAAUAAAUAUCUGGUGGAGAAGAGCGAUCUGUUGGUGCGGUACACCAUCUUCAAUGUCGGCAAUGGAGCCGCCACCAACGUCCAGCUGGUGGACAAUGGCUUCCAUCCCGAGGCAUUCGAUGUGGUUGGAGGUCAGCCCACAGCCACCGUGGAGAGGAUUGCCCCCCAGACCAACUUCACCCAUGUCGUGGUGGUGCGCCCCAAGGCCUUUGGCUACUUCAACUUCACAGCCGCCGAGGUGUCCUACAAGCCCGUCGAGGAGGCUGAUGCGCUCCAACUGGCCAUCAGCUCGGAGCCCGGUGAGGGUGGCAUUGUCAACCUGAGCGAGUACAACAAGCGCUUCUCCUCCCACUUCUUCGACUGGGUGGCCUUCGCCGUCAUGACCCUGCCUUCCCUGGCCAUCCCCCUGGGCCUGUGGCACCAGUCCAAGAGCAAAUACGAGCGCGCUGGCAAGGCCAAGAAGCACUAAGCCCGGACGCUAGUCUCUCGUAUUUGAACAUGUUAAGAGAUUUAUUUGAACGCCCAUUACAAUUCCGUACUAUAUUGUUGCUUUAACCUCUAAUCGAUUCCAUUUCCAUGCUCUCAUUCAUCCAUUCAUCCGUGUGACAUAUUGUACAGCUCCCGCUUGAAUUGUAAGUGGGUGGCAGGGGCGUUAAAUCGUUUUAGAUUUGAUUCGAAGUCGCAUUGAAAGGAACAAGAAUAAAACUAGACCAUCAAGAGUUAA